AUGGACCCAGCAACGGAAGAAACACCGGACCUUGCUAAAUCCGAGAAUCUCGGACUGUUUCUGAGGAUUCGGCCACUUCUGCAGAGUGGCGUCAGGGGAGAUCGGAACCCGAGAUUCAGAAGGAAGUCGGCGUUUGAACCUUGGUUUCAGAAGAUGUGCCUAAGGGUUAAAACUUCCCGGUCGGUGACGCUAUCACCACCGCUGGCCUUGGAACGGGGCCGCACCAAGACAGAGGUAUAUAACGGCUUUUCACAAGUCUUCUCCCCUGAUUCCUCUCAGGAGGAGGUGUAUGAGAAGAUGAUGAGCCCACUGGUGGAGGAUUUUUUGAAGGGCAAUAGUGGGAUGCUUGCUGCAUUCGGGCCUAGUGGCUCUGGAAAGACUCAUACAAUUUUUGGGUGCAACAGCCAGCCCGGUAUGGUGACGCUUGCACUUCAACAGAUUUUCAAGGAGACUUCUGAUUCUGCGAGAUUAGACCUAAUACCAGCCAAACCUUUUGGACUUGAAUCUGACAACCCCUUUAUUUUAUAUGAUAUCUUCUUUCUUCUCAGGUCAUUGUUCAUAUCAAUCUUUGAAAUAAGAUGUGAGGGAGGCAAGGAGGAGAGGGCAUUUGAUUUAUCCCCAAAUGGAGUUGAUUUAACCAUGCAUCGAUCAACACUUAAAGGCCUACAUGAGGUCGUAAUUUCUGAUUGGAGACAUGGAGAGUUUGUAAUUUCUCAGGCACUACUCAGGCGUGCUACUAGUCCAACAAAUACUAAUAGCCAAUCAAGCCGGUCGCAAUGUGUUAUUAACCUCCGUAUUGUUGAUGACAAGUCUAAUGGAGAGGUUAAGGAUCAAGCAAAUGAUGGUGUUCUUAGUAUUGUCGAUCUUGCUGGAGCUGAAAGAGAAAAAAGAACUGGGAAUCAGGGAGUAAGAUUGCUUGAAAGUAACUUCAUAAACAAAACAUCAAUGGUCUUUUGCUUGUGCUUGAGAUCUUUAUUGGAGCAUCAGAAGAAUCCAAUGAAGCCAUUGGAGAAGCACUUCCAGGACUCUUUGUUGACCAAGUACCUGAGAGCUUACAUGGAAGGCAAGAAAAGGAUGGCGUUGAUCUUAACAGUGAAAGCAGGCGGAGAAGAUUAUCACAAUACGUCUUGCCUGCUAAAACAAGCCUCACCGUAUAUGGAGAUCAAGUAAAAUCCUCCAUCCCCAACCCAAAAGAAACUCAUUAUAUGUAAUUUUUGUUUUUUUUGUACAAGCUGUUACAGUUUCUGUAUUAUGCAUUUAGGUUUAAUAAUGAACCAUCAAAGAGAAGGCUUUCUCCAAGCUUUGUUUUGAAGGGGUAUAAAGAAAAACUCGAGGUAAUCCAAUGAUGCAUGAGCAUCUAUUAGACUUUCCUAAUCUAAGUAGGCUCAUCAGCCAAUAAUUUUAGUUAUAUUAAAU